AUGGCGGGAACGCGGCGCUUCGUUCCCCUCAUUGGCCUCAGCUUUUUUCUCAUCUGCCUAUGGGGUCUCUAUGUUUGCUCUAAACAAUGGAGGGAAAUGUCACAAGCUGUUGGUUUAGGUGAGCUUGCAAUUAAGCCAUCGCCAACUCCGUACGGCCGUUUCAAUAUCAGUGAAGUACCGAAGGUGCCGUACGCUCCUCGCCCUAAAUUUAGCCCGGGAGCUGUCAGGCCCGAUGAUUACGAGUACACAAAAACACUGGUGGUGCCGCGAACAAGUUAUGAGGAUGUCUCAUGGAUGGACUCCGAGAUUCCAGGCUGGGAAACCGCUAUAUACGUCGUUGACGACCCUUCUGCACCUCUGCAUCCACCAAAGAAUAAAGGACACGAGGUAAUGGUCUAUUUGAGCUACCUCAUCGAACAUUACGACCAACUACCGGACAUAAUUGCAUUCAUGCACUCGCACCAAUUCGCAUGGCAUAACGACGACCUUCUGGACGGGAACUCCGCUGAAGUUUUGAAGCGGUUGCGCCCAGAGCGAGUUAUCAGGGAAGGGUACAUGAACUUGCGUUGCGGCUGGGGGCCUGGUUGUCCUGACUGGAUGCAUCCAGGGACUCUAGAAGAAGACGAGAGCAAACAGGAGGAAAUCCUGCUCGCCAGAUCCUGGGGAGAGAUCUUUCCGGACUUCGCUAUUCCGGAUGUGCUCGCUCAGCCAUGUUGCGCCCAGUUUGCUGUGUCGCGCGACCGAGUUCUCGCCAUUCCCCGAGCACGUUUUGUCUUUUACCGAGACUGGGUUCUCCGCACGGAACUGAGCGAUUUCAUCUCAGGUCGUAUCUGGGAAUACCUUUGGCACGUUGUUUUUACAGGCCAGAACGUGGUAUGCGCGGAAGAACACGUGUGCUUCUGUGACGGGUAUGGAAUCUGCUUCAAUGAUGGGGGGGAAUAUGAUGCAUUUCGAAACAUGGACUCGGAACGUGAAUCCCUCGAGGAUGAGCUUAGACGUUGGCACAGUCGAACCGCCGUGGUUGAAGCUGCUCGACGCCGUGGUACGCUCGGACAGAAGAGUCACCUGCAAUUUCCCGAACCGGGACGCGAUAUCGAACUCGAAGAGCUAAUCGCGAAAAAGGUGGAGCUGAAGGAUGAGAUGUUCCGCAAUGCUACGCUGCGUGGAGAGAACUCCAAUUCUCGGUACAAGAUAACGGGUAUUGCAUAA